AUGGCGCUUGGCUUCGGCAGUGUGCCCGACGAGCAGAAGAUUAUCAAUGGCGAAGUGAAGCGCAUCCCGCAUAGGUGGCGGAGCACGAUUGACCGCGAAGUUGCCCGGCGAGUGUGGUACUGCCUGCUCGAGCUCGACUGGCUCUUCUCCAUGGAGUAUGGUUUCGUGUACCUUAUCUCUCCAGAGAUCCACCAGACGACAGAGCCGGCCAACAUCAAUGACGUCGAUAUCAAGCCCGACGAGCCCGUCGUUUCCCUCCCGCCCGACCAGUACACGGACAUGUCUUACUUCCUGCAGCGGCUCAAGCUGUUCUACCCCUUCCAAGGUGUCGUGCUGAAGGCUCGCAAGGCAGGACGCAUGCGCUACGCCUUCGUGCAAGAGGCCAAUGCCGAGCUGCAGCGUGCGGUGGACAACAUGCCCGCCUUCUACCGGGACACGGACGGCGCGGAAGCCGCCUCAGACGCCGUGCACCUGUACCGUAUCAAACGCGAGUCGAUUGCGCUCAGCGAAGGUGCCGACCUGCGUCUGAUGCGGUUGCACCGGUACUACUUCUCCGAGGCGUGCCAGAACCCGCGAUACCUGCUGUCGAAGCAGACGUGUCUGUCGUGCGCACGGCGCCUGCUCGAGAGCAAAGCGAGGCACGGCAACCUUUACUCGAACACCAACUACUGGGCGCACACGUACUGCAUCUUUGCCUCGAGCGUCGUCUGCAUCAUCUACCUGCACUACGCACUGCCGCAGGAGGUGGACGACUACAAGCGCCUGGUCGAGAGCGGCGUCGAGCAGCUUAAGAGCCUGACGCGCCGGCGCGCCUCGGAGCUCGGCGAGGCGGGCGAGACCCUCCUGUCGCUCAUGAACGUGCAGCUCAGCCGCCGGGACGACCCGACGCAGCCCGAAAACCUGAAGCGGGGCCUGAACGAGCUCGAGACCGAGGCUUGGGAGGGAUUCCUCCCACCCGAUCUCCUCGCGAGGCUGAAUGGAGGCGUGUUCAGCACCGGGGUCGGCGAUCAGACGGACACGUUCAGCGGCCAGACGGGCGAUGUCGGGGGCAACACAGACCUCGGGUUCUCGUUUGACAAUCUCCUCGAUGACCUGCAGUUCAACGAGGGAAACUUCAUGGUUCUGUAG